AUGAAAUUUUGGGUGCAGACUACAUUCGUGGUUAAUGUAUUUGGGACAAUAUCUCUCACAAAGUUGGUAACUCCUCAUAUGCUGAAACGAGGAGGCGGUCAUUUUGUUGUGAUUAGCAGUGCCGCAGGGAAAGUACCAUCACCUGGUCAAGCUAUAUAUGCUGCUUCAACACAUGCUCUGCAAGACUAUUUCCACAGCUUGCGUUCGGAGUUCUAUCAGAAGGGGAUCAAGGUUACUGUUGUUUGUCGUGGUCCAAUAGAAACUCCAAAUGGUACAGGAACAUCAACUUCGGAAGACAAGAACUCUCCUGAGAAGCGUGUGUCAUCUGAACGAUGUGCAGAACUGACCAUAAUCGCUGCAUCUCAUAACUUAAAAGAAGCUUGGAUUUCAUACCAGCCAGUACUGCUGGUGAUGUAUCUAGUGCAGUACAUGCCUUCCCUUGGCUUAUGGCUCAUGGACAAGGUUGGAGGAGGGAAACGAGUGGAGGUUGCAGAAAAGAAAGUGUCUUGAUAAAUAAGCUUUGAACUCUUGUCAUUUGAUUUGGAUUGUGUUUGUGCUCAGAAAACAGUUUGUGGCCAAGAUAAGUUGCUAGUAAACUAUAAGAAUGGGUGGUAAGAGUUCCUAUAAUGUGAUGGUUAGUGAACUAUAAGAGUUGUUGCUUCCUGAAUCUUAUAAGUGUCGUGAAACCAUCAAAAACACACAAACUUGUCUCACUCAAAUCGAAUCGAUCCAAUUCAACAAAACAAACACACACUUUGUAUGUUCCCUUCCCUUUGGAUUCAGUGUCAUGAAAACUAACUAUCACAACUUGCUGAAAGAGUUUCAGUACUCUGCCUUGAGCUACCAUCGAAAUUUAUUUUGACACUGAGAGUU